AUGGAAGAUACCGUGGAAUCUCAAGAGGAUGCGGUUGGUACCGCGAUGGGUUCUCAGCAUUAUCUCAACGACCAGAUGCGAACGAUUUUUCGGAAGAUGAAAGAUGAUCCCUCAGUCUUUGAGUUUACUCGAUUUGCAAGAAGAGAGGGAUUUGAAGUGAAACUCCAAGAUAUUAAACUUUCAUUCGAGUUGGUUACUGUCGAGAACAAAGAGGCGCUAGAAUUCCCGCCGGAAUUCUACAACCUUGAAACUAAGACCUUCGAAACUAUUGCGGAUGAGAAGAUUGAGGUAAAGAGGAGUUCGAUGAUUUGUCUUCAUAUGGCCUCGGAGACAAUACUAACAAACGACGAUAAACAAGAAAUCUGGGAUAGCGAGCAAACAAAUCUUAGAAAAUUUCCGAUUGCGAAUCAUAUUACACCACCACUUUCUCUAAUAUUAAAAUCAUCACCUAACAGCCCUCUGCCUGUUCUCGGUCCGGCCUGCGAGAUCCAGCUUCUUUCAGAUCCUAAUUCUUCCAACUUCUGUGGAUCUCAAAGAAGAUUGAGGAUGAAGUAUUCAAGGAAGAUCUGCCAACUCCGAUGCACGAUAUGUAUCAAGGACUUCGGAGGUCUGAGAUAG